UUCCUUUACAUGAACAGCAUACUAGAAUUUUUAUUGCUGAAAAUAUAAUAGAGCAAGUAGAGUAUUUUGGGCUGGGUAAACAGUUGUUGUCUUUAACUAUGGACAAUGCUGCGAAUAUGGAUGCAUGUGGUUGUCAUUUAGCAACCCUACUUGAAUCACAAGUUCUGGAUGAUUCUCAGAUUGAAGAAGAUACGAUUAAAGGUCAAAUUGCAAAAAAAAUUAGUAGAAAAAUUGAUUAUUAUUGGAAUGAAUUGCAAACAUAUUUUCAUGAAGCAGUUCUUCUUGACCCAUCAACCAAAUUUACAACCUUUGAACAUAAAAAUACUAUAUCACAAACUGAAACUCAAACUGAAACAACAUCUGCAUGUGACUAUUUUAGACGACAAAUAAAGCAAAUACAUCAUAGUAGUUUUACAUUACAUAAUGAUGUAUUGGAUGAAUAUCUUAAUGCACCUGAUGAAGAUAUAAAUGUUCUUACUUAUUGGAAGGUGAAAUCUUCAUAUUUACAUUGGAUGCCUCUUGCUCGAAUGGCACAUGAUUAUUUGAUCGUUCAAGUAACUAGUGUAACUAGUGAGCAGAUUUUUUCAAUUGCUAAACAUAUUAUAAGUAAAACAUAA